CUUUCGGAGCAGAGAGCCGGGUGCGGACGUGAACUGCAUGCACGGCACCCUGAAACCGCUGCACUGCGCCUGCAUGGUGGCUGACGCCGACUGCGUCGAGCUGCUGCUGCAGAAGGGAGCGGAGGUCAACGCCCUGGAUGGCUACAACCGAACAGCCCUUCAUUACGCGGCGGAAAAGGACGAAACCUGCGUGGAAAUCCUCCUGGAGUACGGGGCCAACCCCAACGCGCUGGACGGCAACAAGGACACCCCGCUCCACUGGGCCGCCUUCAAGAACAACGCCGAGUGCGUGCGGUCGCUGCUGGAGAACGGCGCCUUGGUGAACGCCCGCGAUUACAACAACGACACGCCGCUCAGCUGGGCGGCCAUGAAGGGUAACCUGGAGAGCGUCAGCAUCCUGCUCGACUUCGGGGCCGAGGUCCGGGUGGUUAAUUUGAAAGGCCAAACCCCCAUCUCGCGGUUGGUGGCCUUGCUGGUUCGGGGAUUGGGUACGGAGCGCGAGGAUUCCUGCUUCGAUCUUCUCCAUCGAGCUAUCGGACAUUUUGAGCUGAGAAAAAACGGCAGCAUGCCCUGGGAGGUGACCAGGGAUCAGCAGCUCUGCGAAAAGCUCACCCUGCUCUGCUCGGCCCCCGGUACCCUACAGACGCUGUCGCGUUACGCCGUGCGCCGCAGCCUGGGCGUGCGGUUCCUGCCGGAGGCGGUGAAGCAGCUGCCCUUGCCCACCUGCCUGAAGGAGUACGUGUUGCUCCUUAGCUAAGCGAAAGACCAGGCGGCGGGGCUCUUCCCGCGCCGGCGUUCGGCUCCCUUCAUCACCGCUUCCUCGCGGCAGCGCCGGGAAUGAGGUUGACGGCUUGGUUUGGGACUCGCGGGUGCCGGAUUCCCCUCCCCGGUCGCCGUCCCGGUUUUCCUCCUGCUCUGCUUUUCCGCCUGAGCCGGCGCAGGGCAGCGGGGAUCCACCGGCGCCGUUCGCAGACGGCUCCGUGUUGUCUCUCUGCCCACAGCGCCCGCUCGGCGGCUCCUCCCACGCGCUCUCCCUAUGAUUUCGGCCCUCAUGAGAUAACCAUCCCUCUUUAAUGGCAAAUUAUAUCCCAGCUGUUGGAUUAA